UGUCGUCGCUGUGCCGCCGUCGCGACAUGUCGGGAUGCGGCGGGGAACGGGCGGGACGGGGCGGCGCGGGCCACAAGAGGAGCGCGCUCCUUCCACACCGCCCAGCUUACAGCCCGCCACGCUUCUGCUUCCGGGGCAAGGGGCGCGCCGCCGCCGCCUCUCUGCUCCCCGCUCUAUUGUGCGGGGGGAGCCGGACCCGGAGGACUUCCGGGGUCAGCGGGGCCAAGCCGGUGGGGAAGCGGCGGCGCGAAAAGAGGAAACUUUCCGGGCGUUUCCCGAGCGACGGCGGCCGGAGGCGGUGGGGAUGGUGCCGGGCGAGGCGCCGCCGGAGGGGGAGGCGGCCGCCGCCGCCAGGAAGCAGCGCGCCUGGUGCCUUCAGGCCUUUUCCCUCUUCGUCAAAGCGAAGGAGGUGCCGGCGGCGGGAGGCCGGGGUGCCGGGGUGCGGUGGCGGUGCUGCCGGCAGGCGUUCGAGGAGCUGGCCGGCAUCCACAGGCAUGUGGCCCUGCAGCACGGCGCAGACAUCGGGCAGCAGGCAGGGCUGGAGGCCGAGGUCAGCCCCUCCAGCAGCCCGGCUCCGGCUGGCAGCGCGGACGGGCUGGACGGGCACUCGUGUGGCAGCCCUGAGAUCUCCUGCACGCUCCCAGACACUAGCCACGUUAGCCACGACGACCUGACAAGCAAGGUGGGAGAAGUACUUCUGUAUUACUGUUACUGUGAGGUGAAGGAUCCAGAGAAGCUCUGUGCUUGGCAAAAGGCUCUGUGCCAGCAUCUGCAUCUCACUGGCAAGGUACGAGUUGCUUCAGAAGGGAUUAAUGGGACAGUUGGUGGAAGCAAAGUAGCUACCAGGCUCUACAUUGAAGUCAUGCUUUCCCAGCCUCUGUUCAAAGACAUUUUGUGUCAAGAGGAUUUCAAGAGCAGUGCAGGAGGAGCUCACUGUUUCCCAGACCUUCGAGUUGGAGUAUUCAAAGAAAUUGUACCUAUGGGCAUUGAUCCAAAGAUAGUGUCUUAUAAAGAAACUGGAAUCCAUUUAUCCCCUCAGGAAUUUCAUAGAGAAGUAGAACAGUAUUUGUCUCAGGCCAGUCAAGGACAAAGCGAUACCAUCUUGCUGGAUUGUAGGAACUUCUAUGAAAGUAAAAUAGGGCAUUUCCAGGGCUGUCUGGCUCCAGAUAUCAGGAAGUUCAGCUAUUUUCCCAGCUAUGUAGAUGAAAACCUGGAGCUUUUUAAGGACAAGCGUGUCCUGAUGUACUGCACAGGAGGAAUUCGUUGUGAAAGAGGCUCUGCUUACCUACGGAGCAAGGCAGUGUGCAGAGAGGUAUACCAGCUAAAAGGAGGAAUUCACAAGUACCUGGAAGAGUUUCCAGAUGGAUUCUACAGGGGGAAGCUGUUUGUGUUUGAUGACCGUUACGCCAUUUGUUCCAAUGAAGAUAUCAUCUCAGCAUGCAGAUACUGUGGGACACUGUGGGACCAGUAUAAACUUUGUUCCAGCCAGCACUGCCGGCAGCUUGUCCUGACAUGUCCAAGUUGUCGCAACAAAGGUCUUACAGCUUGCUGUCCUGUUUGUCAAGAGAAAGAGCUCAAGGUGACUUCAAGGGCUUCAGGACAGACGCUUAAGGAGGAGUGUGAAUGUACAUGGAGACGGCCAAGGGUACCUAUUGAACACGUCUCGCAAAGGACGCUGGAUGCAGGAAAAGAUUAAGCAGUUUCUUUCAUUAGCUAAUCUGACAUGUGCUAAUGCAAAGGGCUUCUACAACCAGAUCCCCAUCUGUUACUCAGUUAGGUUUGGAAAUCAGGAAAAUGCGUUGGCUUGGAAAGUCUUGUUCAUACGCUGCCUUUAAGCCUCUUGUAUGCCCUCAAAACCAUCCAUUACUUGACUGCACAUUACCAGCAUGCCCAGCCCUUCACCAGCACUACAGGAUUCCUCUCCCUGGGUACAGUCCUGUAGCCUGGCUUUUGCCAUGGGGAUUUUGGAGCAGAGUAUGUGUGUUAGGGCACAGCUGCUCACAAUUCAAAAGAAACUGAAGGGACAUAAGAAUAGUUCCACUAUUUUCCUCCUGUGUGGAGAUGGAUCUGUCCCGCCUCUCCAUUGAUCAUGCAUUUGCUUCAGUAGCUAGUGCUCGGGUAUGAAAACCACAGAUGUAUCUGUUGGGUGUGGGUACGUGACCAGAUUAGAGCUGAAGAUAUUUUCCACAUACAUGCCAUCUGCCUGCAUCUCUUGCUUUAUACCAUUGAGAAGCAACGUUACCUGAAGUCACCGACUUGACUCCUGUGUAAAACUGGCUGAAGGCAGCAUAAGGACCCACAGAUACCAUCUGUUCAGCCGUUCCUGUGUGUGACCUGUAGGAUGAACAGCAAAAGUCAUCCUCAUUCCAAUGCUCUGUCUCCCCGGGAACUGUUGUUUCCCUCACCUUGUCAGUAUGUGAAAUAUCCAGGGCUCAGCUCUGCUUGCACUAGAAGAAUCCGACAGCUUGAAGCUUUUUGAAACUGAAACACACAGAGAGGGGAGCACAGAGCCUGUCAAAAUACCAGCAUUGUGGCACUGGAAUUGACGCUGACACGUGAGCAUAAAUGUCAGCAACAGCUACAAGGAAACUGCAAGGUCCUUUAUCCGAGUCAAAUAAUUCAAGAUUUGGGGAUAAUUUGUGCUUUGUAAACGUGGGUUGAGUUUUUCAAAAGCUGUGAGAUGUUUAUGCAAUUUCCAACUCCUAUUAGUGGAGAAAUUGUCUUUGAAUUUGAGGGGAUCCACAGCAUAUGAGCUCAGAAUACUCCGCCUGCUGCUUUGUGUGCCUGAUGCUGUAGAAUGUACAGAAAGGUUUUAUUAAUUAGUGUAGAAGAUGUGUCUUGACUGAAAAAAUGUCUUUGAAACUUA